AUGGAGAAGAUAGUUUCGCGGGUGUGGAGUUCGAUUCCCAGCGGUUUGAAUCCACGGGAUGUGGAGGUGGUGCGGGAUGUGAUUUUGUGGUACCACACGUACGAUGUGCCGGCAGAGCACUGCUCGUGGAUGGUGGCACAGUGGGUGGAGUUGGUGUGGUCGGUGGUGAGCCGUUUCGAUGAGCCAGAAAUGUAUAAGCACUUUGUACGCAACUGCAACAUAGUGUGCGGUGAUGGCGGUGUGGGUAGUGCGAGGGAGGUGAGCCUCAUUUCAUGGAUCCCCGCUACCACUAAUACUGAGCGCUUGGAGCUUCUUGAUCGAACACACCAUGUUAUAAUUUAUCGCAUCCUUGUGGAUGAGCACGAGCUAUAG